AUGUCUGGAUCUGGUGCUUCUGGUAACAAGUUUCGUAUGUCGGUAUGUAUUAUCUUGAGACUUAUUUUUGUUGCGAGCAGUUCAGAGUUCAUUUGA